GGGGACCCCCUACGUCUGGGGGUGGCUUCUGCUAGGCGGCUGCAUCCUCGCCAGCGCUCAGAUGGAUUCCGAUGGCACCAUUACGAUAGAGGAGCAGAUUGUUCUUGUGCUUAAAGCUAAAGUGCAGUGUGAACUCAACAUCACAGCUCAGCCCCAGGAAGGAGAAGGAAACUGUUUCCCAGAAUGGGAUGGACUCAUUUGUUGGCCCAGAGGAACAGUGGGGAAAAUAUCUGCUGUCCCAUGCCCUCCUUAUAUAUAUGACUUCAAUCACAGAGGACUUGCUUUCCGACACUGCAACCCCAAUGGAACAUGGGAUUUUAUGCAUAGUUUAAAUAAGACAUGGGCCAAUUAUUCAGACUGUCUUCGCUCUCUGCAGCCAGAUGGCAACAUAGGAAAGCAAGAAUUCUUUGAACGCCUCUAUGUCAUGUACACCAUUGGGUACUCUAUCUCCUUUGGUUCCCUGGCUGUGGCUAUUCUCAUCAUUGGUUACUUCCGACGAUUACAUUGCACCAGGAAUUAUAUCCACAUGCACUUAUUUGUGUCCUUCAUGCUGAGGGCUGUAAGCAUCUUUGUCAAGGACAGAGUGGUCCAUGCUCAUGUAGGCAUCAAGGAGCUCCAGUCUCUGAUAUUGCAGGAUGACCUACAGAGCUCCAUCGAGGCAUCUUCUGUGGACAUGUCACAGUAUAUUGGAUGCAAGAUUGCUGUUGUGAUGUUUAUUUACUUCUUGGCUACCAACUACUAUUGGAUCUUGGUGGAAGGUCUCUACUUGCAUAGUUUAAUCUUUGUGGCUUUCUUUUCGGAUACCAAAUAUCUGUGGGGAUUCACCUUGAUAGGCUGGGGGUUUCCCGCAGUAUUUGUUGCAGCCUGGGCCUUGGCACGAGCGACUCUGGCCAAUGCGAGGUGCUGGGAACUUAGUGCUGGAGACAUCAAAUGGAUUUAUCAGGCCCCAAUCUUAGCAGCCAUUGGGCUGAAUUUUAUUCUGUUUUUGAAUACGGUUAGAGUUCUGGCUACAAAAAUUUGGGAGACCAAUGCAAUUGGACAUGACACAAGAAAGCAAUACAGGAAGCUCGCCAAAUCCACGCUGGUGCUGGUGCUGGUCUUCGGGGUGCAUUACAUUGUAUUCGUAUGCCUGCCCCACUCCUUCUCUGGGCUGGGGUGGGAGAUCCGGAUGCACUGUGAACUCUUCUUCAACUCCUUUCAGGGUUUCUUUGUGUCAAUCAUCUACUGCUACUGCAAUGGAGAGGUUCAGUCCGAGAUGAAGAAGUUGUGGAGUAGGUGGAAUCUUUCCCUCGACUGGAAAAGCGCGCCCCCAUGCGGCGGCCAAAGGUACGGCUCAGUGCUCACCACCGCGACUCAGAGCACCAGUGUGGUGCUCAUCUCCAGCAAAACCACCAAGACAGUCUGCAGGCCCCCUGAAAGUCACGUGACUUUACCGGGCUACGUCUGGAGUAACUCGGAGCAGGACUCCCUGCCUCAAUUAACCCAGGAGGAGACCAAGCAAAGCACCGGGAGGGAAGGAGAUGAGAUACAAAUGGACGGAUCUUCCAGGUCGUUGGAAUUAAACCCCAACCUAGAAGGAAGCAGAGCAGAGACCGAGGAUGUUCUCUGAAGCAUCAGCUGUGGCUUUGCAGAGCAGGUCUGUGAGGAUUGGAGGAUGCAGGUGUGAGAGAAGCUUGGCUGCUAUUUUUCUGCUUGUGCCUCGAAGCUGAACAUUCAGGGUAAAAGCUUUGCAAACGUAUUUUUAGGCUCUGUGAAUGACUAAGAUACAAAAGUCAUUGAAGCAGUUUGUUACUUUAUUUGGGUAGCAAACCAUUUUUAAAUUGUUGUAAAUUGUCGUGUGAACACUUGCUCUGUGAUUGUUUCCCUGUUAACUUUGAGUACCAGUAAAAUUUGUGUUUGUUAUUUGUAGCUGUAGUAACACUGGGUUUAUAUUUUUCAUUAUUUAACUAACAUGGAUGUGGACUAAAUGAAAUGUUUGUUUUAAAAUUAUGUUAUGGGUCACUUUUAAAACUUUCUUUUUAGCAUCUCAUUUUAUAUUUUGAGGACCAAUGAUAUAUUUUUGGAAAUACUUAUGUUUCCAAAUGUGUGUGGAUCAGCACACAGCUCUGGUGAUAGACCAAACAUGAAAUUGCAAUAUGUUGAAAUAGUGGAAAAAUA